CCUUGGUUUUGGACAUGGCAGAUUUCGAGGCUGCCUCGCUGCCCGACCUGCUGCCCCUCUACUACCGCCGCGUCUUCCCCUUCGGCCCUUAUGGGAGGUGGCUGCGCUACGGUGAUGUGUCGAAGAACUACUUCCAGCGGCGGGAGUUCUCAUUCACGCUCCGCGAUGACAUCUAUGUGCGGUACCAGUCUUUCAACUCCCCCCAGGAAUUGGAGAAAGAGAUCCAGAAGAUGUGCCCGUACAAAAUCGACAUCGGAGCUGUGUAUUCGCACAGGCCCAUCCAGCACAACACUGUUCACAUGGGUGCUUUCCAGGCACAGGAGAAAGAGCUGGUGUUUGACAUAGACAUGACGGAUUACGACGAUGUGAGACGAUGCUGCAGCUCUGCCGAGAUCUGCCCCAAGUGCUGGACGCUCAUGACCAUUGCCAUUCGCAUCAUAGACCGGGCACUCGUGGAGGAUUUUGGCAUAAAGCACCGUCUCUGGGUGUAUUCCGGACGUAGAGGUGUGCAUUGCUGGGUGUGUGAUGAUUCCGUCAGGAAGUGGUCUUCAGCGCUCCGCUCUGCAGCAGUAGAAUAUCUCACUGUAGUGAAGGGUGGUGAAGAGACAGUCAAGAAGGUGACCCUCCCAAGCAAUAUUCACCCGUUCAUCAGUGAAUCGAUAGAUGUGUUGACUCUUUACUUCGAAGAGUACGCCCUUGUUGGUCAAGACAUACUUGGAAGCAAAGACAGCUAUGAAAAAGUGUUGGCUCUGGUCCCAGAGACAGUUCGAGUUGAUCUUCUGCAGGAAUUCAGUAAAAGAAAGCAAGAUUCGCUCCAGCGCUGGGCACUGUUGAAACAAAAGUUGGCGAAAAAUAAAACGCCACACGUCGCGUCAGAGAUCAUGCUACAGUACUGCUUCCCCCGGCUGGAUAUUAACGUUAGCAAGGGGAUCAACCACUUGCUGAAGAGCCCCUUCAGCGUCCACCCCAAAACAGGGCGUAUUUCAGUUCCCAUUGACUUGAAGAACCUGGAUGAAUUUGAUCCGUUUGCAGUUCCCACUAUAAGCCGCCUCUGUCACGAGCUGGACACAAUUCGCAGUGAUGACGGGAACAGAAAGGAAAACGAAGGGGAGACAGAAGGCUCUCGCAAGAGCAGGGAUUACAGGAAAACUAGCCUGGCUCCAUACGUGAAAGUCUUUGAACAGUUCCUGGAGGAAAUAGAAAACUCUCACAGAGGGGAACGUCUGAACGCUAGCGACAUGCAGCUGGAAUUCUGAAGCUUUUGAACUCGUGAUGUGCAGCAACCAUGAUCAUUUCAUAGGGCCAAAUGCUUAGGAUCAGCUACAAUGAAACACUUUUAGCUGCCCCAUUCUUGCGCUAACCGACUUCAUUUGCAAGGGCAGACAAAAUGGGUCUUUCCUAGCAAAGGAGAGGCAAUAAAAGUAGAAUUCAAAGUCUUGCAUGUGCCAGCAACUGAAUACAAAUACCUAUAUGAGGAAUGGCCCCGAAAUAAAAUAUCUACAAGAUUAAAGUCAACAUCCAACUACUGUUCAGUUUUCCAUGAGGUGCGAGUCUAGUCAAUGGGAUUCACCCUUUGUUGGUACCAGACAAGAGAAGAGGUCAUAUUGCAUAUAGCAGGGCUGGGGAAACUGUGGCUGUUGUCAGUCUCCAAUUCCCGUCAUCCCCAACUAUUAGCCAUGCUGGCUGGGGCUGAUGGAAGUCUGAGUCCAACAUAACACAAGUUCAACAUCACAGCAAACAAAAAUGGUGGGCACUUUUUUCUUGAGAUGAACUUCAGGAAAAAGAACAGGCAGCUCUGAUUGGUACUUGUGGGGGAAAGGAGUCUGGUUUGUAAAGCUGCAGAGCUCAUGGGUUACCAAGAAAUUCAGCAUCCAGGACUUUAUCUUACACACUUAGCAAGUAAAAGACUUUGAUCUAAGCAAUUCCAAUGGCCUCAAGACCCUGUACUUUCCAGGGAACCAAAUGUGUUUUCUAUCCUCCAACGCCUGGUUUUUGAUGCGGAAAGUUAAGAGGGUAUUUCCCCUCUAUGCUUUUGAGGAGGAUACCUCUUUGAUUAAAGGUGCCAUAUUUAGAAACCAAGCUAGAACUUUCCUCUAAACACCCAGCAGCUUUCCAUUGGGCUUCAAGGCACUUUUUCAUUUUGCCCUGAGCAGAUUUGCGCAGUGUGUGAGCACCACACUGAAUGAAAGCCCCCAGCAUCAGUAUUAGGGCAGCCUUCUCCAACUUGGGUGCCCUCCAGAUGUGCUGGGCUGCAGCUACCAGAAUUCCCACCAGGUUGGGGAAGGUUGUAUUAGAGCCCCCCAAGGGCUUCAUAACCCCCCUUUUUUUUGCAAGUAACAAUAAAAUCACACCAUAGUAACAGUAGACUAUGAUCAAUGACAUUUAGAAUUUUGAGUUCCAGCAUAUUAAACGAGUAAAAUAAAUAAAUGUGGAAGAUAGGAAGGAAACUAGCCAACUCUCAUCAAUGUGGCAGGUUUUAUACAAGAUCGUAAGACUGGUAUGACGAAAAGCAGCAAUGCUUUGUGGUCUUGUAUUGGAUAUGUAUAGCAGACAUUCAGUGGGGUCCCAAUGUCGGAGAAAGACAGAUUGUGUCUCUAUCUCAAUGGUGUCACGGGCUCCAGUCCAUUUACAUUCUCCUAAAGGCGUAAAUGGUUGUCAUGGACUUCUGUGGCACAAAUACUGCUACUCGGCCAUGACUUUCAAACAACAGCUUAGUCCAAACUGGUUGAAAGGUUUUGCAAUCGUUCAGCUAACAGCUGAUAGUUUGUUGCCUGCUGAGUGCAGUUUUAUUAAAUGUCAGUCUAGUUAAAUGUUUUAAAAUGGAAAUGGUACGCAAGAGUGCAGUUAUAGAAAGGGGGGAAAUUAAAUGAGCACAAAACACUGAAACGUAGUGGCUCAGCUGCAGCUAUGUAUAAUAAAGCAGUAGGAGGCCAAUGGUGCUCCAUAAAGUAAUUCCUGUGAGCUGAUAAAGGCCAGGGAGAUGGAUUUGGACACUGUCAGGAGAGGGCUGCAGGUAGUAUGCAUAAUAUCCAUAUGUAUGUAACCCACAUGCUGCAUAUGGCAGACUUCCUUAUAUACAGGGAGCAUCAUGUCUGGUGGUGUGCCUGUGUGCCCACAGGAUGCACAUAAGGGACAGAGGGACGCUGAGAGUGGUACAGCUGAAAAACUGCCCAUGGCUUAAAACCCAAGAGUCGAGUGCAGCCUUACAAUUAAGUACACAGAAGCUGGUCUCAGCAGCUUCACUUCACAGGCCUGUAAAGCACAUGUCUAUGGCAACUAUGCUGUGCCUGCCACUCUCUCUACUAUCAUAUAUAUUGCUUUUAAUUUGGUUUGCGUACAGCACAAAUGUUAAGGCUGUUUCUUUAUCUUCUCAGGAGAAUACCUUUUUAUAUUCUUGUCUUUUCUUUAUAUUUAAGCUGUAACUGUGUUUACGAAUUAAAAAUUGUUAAAAUGUUUCAUAAAGUUUUUAAAAGCAAA